UAUAUUUCAAACUAAAGAUGAAAUCGGCAAAAAAAACUAAAAAAAGAGGGAGAAGUGUUAGUCCAAAGUCAGAAGAUAAACCAAAAAGACGUUAUAGAAAUGACCGGUCAAAAAAAUGGCAAGCAAAUUCUUCAGAAUCUUCUGAAAGUAGCGAUGAAGAAAGUAUGUCAAGUGAUGAAUCUCAUAAAAACUCAAAAUACUCAAAGAAAAAGGAUUCCUCCUCAGAACGAUCAAUUUCACCUGACUAUUCUGUAGUAGAAAAGAAAAAGAUUAAAAAAAGUCAACCAAGCAGUGAAGAAGAGUUGCAGAGCAAAGAAAAAAUUGUUCCAAAAGUAAAAACAAAAACAAAAGAAAAAAGUCCCAGUUCAAUAAAAGCUAAUGAAAAGGAAAAUAAACAAUCGAAAGAUAAAAAAAGAAGAAGCAUAAGUACUGAAAAAAUCAAAGCAAAUAUUAAUCAGGUUUUACAAGAAAGCAGUAAACAUAUUAAGUCUCAUAAAAAAGAAAAAGAAAAAGAAAAAAGUAUUUCUCCUAAAAGAGAACGAAAGAAAGGAAGAAGCCAAAGUCCUCCAAAAAAGAAAAAAGCUAAAAGUAGAAGUCCAUCUAGACACAAAAGAAGUAGAACUAAAAGUCCAAUUAAAGUAAAAAGGAGCAAAAGUAAAAGUCCAUCAAGAAGAAAUAAAAGCAAAAGCAGAAGCCCAUCAAGAAGAAAAAGAAGCAAAAGUAGAAGUCCAUCAAGAAGAAAAAGAAGCAAAAGCAGAAGUCCAUCAAGAAGAAAUAGAAGCAAAAGCAGAAGUCCAUCAAGAAGAAAUAGAACCAAAAGUAGAAGCCCAACUAGGCGCAAAAAAAGCAAAAGUCCUAUAUCUAAAAAGCGAACAAAAAGCCGUAGUCCAACAUCAAAAAGAAAGAGAAGUAAAAGUCCUUCAAAACGCCGAAGGAGUAGGAGUUUGUCUAGACAAAAAGAUAGCAAAAGUUCAACACAAAAAAGUAACAAAAGUAGAAGUCCUUCUACCAAUAAAAAAAGUUUUAGUAAAAGUCCAAUAAGGCGUAGGCGUAGUAGGUCACCUAGAAAUCGAAAGCUAAGCAAAAGUCUCUCUAAAAGCCCUUCAAGAAGUAAGAGGAGUAAAUCCAGGAGUCCUUCAAAAAGUAAAAAGAGUAAAUCUAAAAGUCCUUCAAGAAAAAGCAAAAGUAAUGAUAAGAAAAAAGUAAGUAAAACAACUAAAGAAGAUGAAAAUAAAAAAGAGAAAACUGGUAAUAUAACUAGUAAAGAUGAAGAAAAAAAAGAAAAGUCUAGUAAAAAUGAAAAUAAUGAUGAAAAGAUUAUAGCUUCGGAGUCUAAAGCAGUUAUUGCUGAUUAUGAAGAAGAAAUGCGAAAGCGCAAAGAGCGAAUAGAAGAAUGGCGAAAAUCUCGCACUAAAAAACCUGAGAAUGAUGCAGAUUUAACUGCUGCUACUUUAGAGAAUGAUUCUAAGAAGUGGACUCUUGAAGAUGAUGAUGAAGAUGAAGAAGUUGCUGAAAACAGUGAGGUUACAAAAGUCAAAAAAGAAGAUAAUGACCAAGUAGAUGAAAAAUCAAGUGAGCUAAAUGAAGAAAAAAAUAUAAAAGUAGAAAAAAUAAGCGAUGUUGAACCCAAAAUUGAAGAAGAAUCUAAAACUUCACUUAAAAUUGAUAAUGAAGUUCAAAACAAAACUUUGUUAAAAGAUGAAAAAUCUACUUUAGUUGAAGAGAAAACAGAUGAAGAAGAAGCAGAAGAGGACUUAGAUCCUUUAGAUGCGUACAUGAAAAGUAUUGAUAAACAAGUUGGAAAAGUGACAGCGAAAAAAAUAAAAAAGUCAGUACAAAGAAGUGUUGCAGAGACAGUUAUGGUGGUCAAAACAGUGAUUAAAAAGACAGAAAAUGUAAAAGUCAAACCUGAGGUUAUUGAGCAGAAUCAAGAUGCACUUGAGUAUUCAUCAGAAGAAGAAGAAUCAUUAGAUGUAACAGCUGGUGAUUUUUCUGAGGUUCGAAAAAAAAAAAAAGAACUGACUGUUGCUGACCAUACAAAAAUAUACUAUCCUCCAUUUAGACGCGCUUUUUAUGUUGAAGUUCCUGAGCUUGCUAAGAUGACGCAAGAAGAGGUUAAACUGUAUAGAGAAAGUUUAGGAGACAUUCAAGUGCGUGGCAAAAGCAUUCCAAAACCAAUAAAAACAUGGUCACAAGCAGGCGUAAGCACUAAAGUGUUAGCUGUAUUAAAAAAACUUAAAUAUGAAAAACCAACACCAAUUCAGGCACAAGCUAUCCCAGCAAUUAUGUCUGGUAGAGAUUUAAUAGGAAUUGCAAAAACAGGUUCUGGCAAAACUCUUGCUUUUCUGAUUCCAUUAUUUCGUCAUGUUAUCGACCAACCCCCACUUGAUGAAAAUGAUGGGCCAAUUGCCAUCAUAAUGACACCAACAAGAGAACUUGCUUUACAAAUAUUUAGAGAAGCAAAGAAAUUUUGUAAACAACUAAAUUUGACUGCAGCUUGUAUAUAUGGUGGAAGUGGCAUUAGUGAGCAAAUAGCAGAGCUCAAAAAAGGUGCUGAAAUUAUAGUGUGCACACCGGGUCGUAUGAUUGACAUGCUUACUGCAAAUAAUGGUCGGGUUACAAACUGUAGACGAUGUACAUACCUAGUCAUGGAUGAAGCUGAUCGUAUGUUUGAUAUGGGGUUUGAGCCUCAGGUUAUGCGAAUAUUAGAUAAUAUUCGUCCAGACCGUCAAACUGUUCUCUUUUCUGCAACAUUUCCGCGUCAGAUGGAAGCAAUUGCUCGCAAAGUUCUUAACAAACCAAUAGAAGUUCAAGUUGGAGGACGCAGUGUUGUAUGUUCCGAUGUCGAACAACACGCCUUAGUUAUCGAAGAAGAAAACAAGUUUUUUAAACUUUUAGAAUUAUUGGGUGUAUAUCAAGAAAAAGGGAGCGUUUUGGUUUUUGUUGAAAAGCAGGAAUCUGCAGAUAUGCUUUUUAAAGACUUAUUAAAAAAUGCAUACCCGUGUUUAUCGUUGCAUGGUGGAAUGGAUCAAUUUGACAGAGACAGUACAAUAGCAGAUUUUAAAAAUGGUGUAACAAAACUGAUGGUAUCGACCUCCGUUGCAGCUCGUGGUUUAGAUGUAAAAAACUUAGUGCUGGUAUUAAAUUAUGAUUGUCCUAAUCAUUAUGAGGAUUAUGUACAUAGAGUUGGAAGAACUGGAAGAGCAGGAAACAAAGGAACUUCUUUUACGUUCAUUACGCCAGAACAAGGCAGAAACGCUGGAGAUAUUAUUAAAGCUUUUGAAUUAGCGAAAUGUACUCCUCCGACCGAUGUAAUGGAGCUAUGGAACAAAUUUAAACUUGAAAUGCAACUCGCUGGUAAGACUCUAAAGUCGAAUUGCGGUUUUUCUGGUAAAGGAUUUAAAUUUAAUGCUGAUGAGGAAAUUCAAGUUAGCGAUGCAAAAAAAAUGCAAAAAUUUUCGCUUGGAUUACAAGAUUCAGACGAUGAAGCUGAAGCAGCAGAGAGUGCGAUGGACAAAAUUGAAGCCGAUCUUGAAAAGGCGUUCUCAAACAAACCAAAGAUUGCUCUUGCUCCAGAGGUUGUUGAAGCGCAAAAAGUGAAAGCGGCUGAACAAAACGUAGACAAAGGAAAAUUAAAGCAGGCUUCUCAUAUUGCUGCACUUAUCAAUAAAAAACUUCACUCUGGUCAAGUUGUUGAUAGAAACACUCAAGCUACGGCACAUAUUUUACACGGUGGCGCUCUCGAAUCAUUAACAGGCGUAGGCCUUGCGAAGCAGUUAGCUGAUAAAGUUAAUGCCAAGCUAAACUACAAAGCAGUUGAGCCUGAAAAAUCGGAUUUGGAAGCAAAACCAAAUAAUGUGCGUUACGAAGAUGAGAUCGAUAUUAAUGAUUUUCCACAACAAGCUCGAUGGCGUAUUACUUCGAAAGAAGUUAUUGAGCAAGUUCGUGAAUUAUCUGAAUCCGGUGUUACUGUACGUGGGUUAUAUAUUCCUCCAAAUAAGAAACCUGAAGGAGAUGAGAAACGUCUUCAUUUAUAUUUAGAAUCUUUAUCCGAACGAAGCAUACAAAUAGCUAAAGCUGAAAUAAAACGGUUACUUCGAGAGGAACUUAUUCGUGCCGAGUCACAUAGCUAUAAGCCGCAACAACAAACUGGAAGAUAUAAAGUUCUGUGAUUAAAUAUGAUUUUUAAAUCAUUUGAAGAAUUUAACUUUCAUUGUUUUAUGAAAGAAAUCUUUAUACA